CCCGUCCUUCUCCCCUCUAAAAGAAAAAAACCAAAAAUGACGAAUGUUGCUGAAGACGAUGCAGACCCGCUCGCGAUUAUUUUGCAUCGCCUGCUGCCUCUCCUCCUCGCUGCGGCGCUGUCCGUGAAGACCUUCGUCUCGCGCUGGCGGCUCGUGCACUCGAAUCUGCUCCGCCUGCAGUCGCUGCUGUCCGGGUCGUCCUGCUGCCAUCCGCUGUUCGUCUGCCUCGUCCGCUCCCUCGUCCCGGAGCUGUCGGGCCUCCUCUCGCUCUCCCGCCGCUGCCUCGACCCCUCGCUGCCCGACGGCAAACUCCACCUGCAGAGCGACCUCGACAUCGCCUCCUCCACCCUCGCCCUCCGCCUCCACGACCUCGGCCUCCUCCUCCUCCACUCCACCUCUGCGUCCUCCGCCAUCGUCCUCCCCGUCCCCUCCCCCUCCGCCUCCCGCGCCGACGUCGUCCUCUUCGUCCGCGACGCCUUCGCCCGCCUCCAGAUCGGCGGCCUCGACCUCAAGCUCGACGCGCUCCAAUCCCUGCAGGACCUCCUCAACUCCGGCGCCGCUGCCGCCGCCGAGAUCGUCGCCGGCGAGGGCGCCACCACCGCCGCCGUGCUCCGCCUCCUCGACCACCCCGUCCUCCGCGACCGCGCCGCCGCCCUGACGGCGUCCCUCGCCGCCGCCUCCGCCGCGUCCCGCCGCGCCGUGUUCGACGAGGGCGGCCUCGGCCCGCUUCUCCGCCUCCUCGACCCCUCCCUCGCCGCCCCCGCCGCCGCCCGCGACCGUGCCGCCGCCGCCGUCGCCGCCUUCGCCGCCGACCCCGCCUCCGCCUGGGGCGUCGCGGCCUACGGCGGUGUCCCCAUCCUCGUCGCCGCCUGCCGCGGCGACGGCUCCGUGUCCCCCUCCGCCCGCGCCCUCGCCGCCGCCGCGCUCCGGAAUCUCGCCGCCGCCGACGACGCCCGCGCCGCCAUGGUCGAGGAGGGCGCCGUCCCCACGCUCGCCGAUCUCGUCGUCUCCGGCACGCCGGACGCCCGGAGGAACGCCGCAUUGUGCCUCCUCUCCCUCGCCUCCGCCGCCGACGACCGGAUCCGAUCGACCCUAAUCCAAGAAUCCGCACUACAGCGGCUCCUCCAAUCGCUGGUGCACGACAAUUCUCACAAUUCUUCCUCCUCCUCCUCUGAUCAAGAGCUCCAAGAAAUCGUCCUGAAAGCGAUCCAGGCACUGUCGCCUCACCCGGCCUGCAGCAGAAUUCUCCGCUCGUCGCCGCAAUUCUUCGCGCAGCUCGCCGACCUCGUCCGCCGCAGUGGCAGCGUCACGGCCGCGGCGCUGCUCGGCGACCUCUCCCCCGACGAUGACGCCGCCAAUCGCUCCCUCGCGCUGUGCAUGUCCGCCCUCGUGAGGAUGAUGGAAUCGUCGAAGCCGCCGACCGCGCAGGAGACGGCGGCGCGGGCGCUGGCGCGCUUGCUGUCGGUGAAGUCGAACCGCAGGGAGCUGGCGCGGGACGAGAAGAGCGUGAUGCGGCUGGUGCAGAUGCUCGAUCCCCGCAACGAGGACGUCGCGAAGAGGUUCCCUGUGUCGGUGGUGCUCGCCAUGACGGCGGGCGGCGGGAGCGGGGCGCGGAAGCGUCUGACGGAGGCCGGGGCCUGCCAGGCGCUCCAGAAGCUCGCUGCCGGCGGCUCCGACGGCGACGUCGCCGCCGGCGCCAGAAAAGCCCUGCAGAGGAUUUCCGGGAACCGAUUCAGGAGCUUGUUCUCCAUAGGAUGGAGCAAUUGACACUUCCUGAUCCAUUUGGGAAGUUUAUCAGAGUGGUUGGAGAUUGAGGAGGAAUUUAGUUAUAACUACUAGUCAAAAGAAUCCCAAGUUAAGGAGAGUAAAUUAUCCCACACAAGAAAACAACAAGAGAAAGCGAGUUUCCCGGUUCUCUACUACUGCAGAAUACACGUUUUUAGCAUGGAUGCGGAUUUUUAGGAAGUAUCCCAGUGCUAUUUUGCCUCUCUUUUUUUUUUUAUUUUUAUUUUUUCCUUUCUAUUUUUGCAUUUUACCCCCUGUAUUUUCUCUUUAUUUUGUCUAACCUGGUUGCAUGUUGUCAUGAAGCAAAAGUGUUGCAAUAUCUCAGCCUCUUGUUAUUGCUUAUGUGGGUUGAGGUUCCACACAAGCAUAUAUGUUGGCAGGGAGCAUGUGGAGAUGCUAUACUGCUGUUAGAGUGUUUGUUUUUUUUUUUUUUUUUUUUUUCUUGGCUUUUUGCGUAUGAGUUAUAUGAGAAGUCACUGUUUAGUGUUUGCAUGCUUUGUCCAAAAGCUUGUAAGUUGUAUCUAUCUGGUUGGAUUUGUGGCUCACUUUUCACUGUCCUUAACUUCCCUUUGGGUAUCUUUGCUUGC